AUGAAGAAGACCACACGUUAUCGUCCGGGCGUCCUUGCCUUGCGUGAGAUCCGAAAGUACCAGAAGUCGACUGAGCUGCUCAUCCGCAAGCUUCCGUUCCAGCGCCUUGUGAAGGAAAUCGCCCAGGAAGUGAAGUCCGAUCUGAAGUUCCAGACCCAGGCGAUCUUGGCGUUGCAGGAGGCUGCCGAGGCCUAUCUUGUUGGACUCUUCGAGGACACAAGCUACUGCGUGUUGGUUGGGGUGCGUAGACUCAGUGAGUGUAAAGCUUCAAAAGGACACGAACCUGUGCGCCAUCCACGCGAAGCGCGUCACGAUCAUGCCGAAGGACUCAUGGGAAACCUGUCAUAUAGCCCAUGCCUUCGAAGUUGA